AUGGAUGAAAAUGAAUAUAAUAAUUGGAGGGAAGCUUUUAAAAAGAUACACAGUAGAAGCCCAAAAAAGGAUGACUAUGAUAUUGCUCCAGUAAGUAUUCGGGAACAUUUUCAAAAAAAAGAUGCCAAAAGGAGAGCACUAUUAAAAAGGAAACAUUUUAUAGAAUGUAAAACGAUUGUCUCAGAAGAAGAAAUAGCUAGUAAGCCGUCUAUUUAUAGUAUUGUCAAGAGAAAUCUCAAGACGCCAAAAAGAUCUAAAAAAAAAUGUAAUAUUGAUGAGGUAGAAAAAAGUGAAAAUGAUAAAGAUGAAAAGAUAAAUUGUAGUAAUAUGAGUCCACAAAAAAGUUUAUUUGAGUCACCUUUAAAAGGAUGGAGAAUGCCAUCAAAUUUUAAAAAUAACCUUUUAAAAACUCCUACGUCAGAGGUUAAAAAAAGAAAGAGGGAUGUUGACUCUCCAAACAACAUUGCUGUAUCUUCCCCUACAAAAGUAAUACUUUCAAAAAGGUCAACUGGUGAAAUAAGAAAAAAAUUAUUUCAUGCAUUAAAUAAACUUGAAACUGAAUAA